AGCAGAAAAAUCCAGCUUUACUUUUCAGUGUCUUCUAUCUCUCUCUUUCUCUUUCUCUUUCUCUGCUAGGGUUUGAGACGCUUUUCCGUUCUUUCCAGCUGGAGAGUGUAUCUUACAGUUUCUAUCGCCGGUCCGGGACUCUUUAGAAGUAUGGCAACGGAAGUAACGCAGGUUCUCUUAAAUGCACAAGCGGUGGAUGCAGCAGUGCGAAAGAAUGCGGAAGAAACUUUGAAACAAUUUCAGGAGCAAAACCUCCCGGGUUUCCUAUUAUCGCUUGCAGGAGAGCUUGCAAGCAAUGAGAAGCCUGUUGAUAGCCGCAAGUUAGCAGGACUUAUCCUUAAGAAUGCUUUGGAUGCCAAGGAACAACAUAGGAAAUUGGAGUUUGUUCAAAGGUGGCUUUCUCUAGACGUGUCAGUAAAGACACAAAUUAAGAUGUUACUACUACAGACUCUAUCCUCUCCUGCAGCUGAAGCUUGGUCAACUGCUUCACAAGUUAUUGCAAAGGUAGCAGGUAUUGAGUUGCCUAAAAAAAUGUGGCCUGAGCUCAUAGAAUCUCUCUUGUCCAACAUUCAUCAACUCCCUGCUCAUGUCAAGCAAGCUACUUUGGAAACUCUGGGGUAUUUGUGUGAAGAGGUUUCAUCAGGUGUUGAGCAAGAUAAUGUAAAUAAGAUACUAACGUCUGUGAUUCAAGGUAUGAAUGCAUCGGAAGUGAAUGAUGUAAGGCUCGCUGCAACUCGAGCACUGUACAAUGCUCUCGGCUUUGCUAAGGAAAAUUUUAACAAUAAUGUGGAACGUGAUUACAUCAUGAGAGUUGUUUUUGAAUCAACUCUAUCUCCUGAUAUAAAGAUUCGACAGGCAUCAUUCGAAUGUUUGGUCUCCAUUUCUUCAAUGUACUACGAGAAAUUAGCUCCUUACAUCCAUGACAUCUACAACAUCGCAGCUAAGGCAGUUAAGGAAGACGAGGAGCCUGUUGCUCUGCAAGCUAUUGAAAUCUGGAGCUCAAUUUGUGAUGAGGAAUUCGAUAUCUUAGAAGAAAUUGAUGGUGAUUUUGCUAGAGACUCAGAUAUUCAAUGCUUCUAUUUUGUCAAACAAGCAUUGCCUGCGCUCGUUCCAAUGCUGCUAGAGACUCUGCUUAAACAAGAUGAAGAUCAAGAUCAGGAUGACAGUGCAUGGAAUAUUGCUAUGGCUGGUGGUACUUGCCUAGGUUUGGUUGCAAGAACUGUGGGUGAUGAUAUUGUCCCGCUUGUGAUGCCAUUUAUUGAAGAAAACAUUGCAAGAUCUGACUGGAGGCAAAGGGAAGCAGCCACCUAUGCUUUUGGUUCCAUCUUGGAAGGUCCUUCACCUGACAAGUUAAUGGGUAUAGUAAACGUUGCUCUCAAUUUCAUGCUUGCUGCUUUGAAGACAGAUCUAAAUAGCCAUGUAAGGGACACAACAGCCUGGACCCUUGGAAGGAUUUUCGAGUUCCUACAUGGUUCAGCCAUGGAAAGAGCAGUAAUUACACCGGAAAAUUGCCAACAAAUAGUAACCGUCCUCCUUCACAGCAUGAAGGACAUACCGAAUGUUGCUGAGAAGGCUUGUGGUGCACUCUAUUUCCUCACCCAGGGUUGUGAGGAUGUGGGUCCCUCUUCUCCACUAAAUGCUUAUUUCCAGGAAAUUGUUCAGGCUCUUCUUACGGUUACCCACAGGGAAGAUGGUGGAGAAUCGCGAUUGCGGACUGCUGCUUACGAGACUUUGAACGAAGUGGUAAGGUGUUCAACCGACGAAACAUUUCCAAUGGUAUUACAGCUAGUACCUGUCAUUAUGAUGGAGCUUCACCUGACCCUUGAGAGGGAGAAGCAAGGUGAACUGCAAGGUCUUCUUUGUGGGUGCUUACAGGUUAUUAUUCAGAAACUAGGAGCAAUGGAGGCGACAAAGAAUGCCUUCAUGCAGUAUGCAGAUCAAAUCAUGAAUCUCUUCCUCAGGGUGUUUUCUUGUAGAAGUGCUGCUACAGUAUACGAGGAAGCAAUGCUUGCAAUAGGUUCUCUUGUGUAUGUAACAGGCUCGGACUUUGCUAAAUAUAUGCCUGAGUUCUACAAAUACUUGGAAAUGGGUCUUCAGAACUUUGAGGAAUAUCAAGUUUGUGCUGUUACGGCUGGGGUGGUAGGAGACAUAUGUAGGGGAUUGGAACAUAGGAUAUUGCCAUACUGUGAUGCAAUUAUGACGCAACUCCUUAAAGAUUUGUCCAGCAGUCAGUUACAUCGAUCGGUGAAGCCUUCCAUUUUUUCAUGCUUUGGUGAUAUAGCACUUGCUAUAGGGGAGAGUUUUGAUAAAUAUUUGAUGUAUGCCAUGCCUAUGCUUCAGAGUGCAGCAGAAUUAUCUUUCCGUUCAUCGGGUGCAGAUGAUGAACUGAGCGACUACACCAAUCUUCUGAGGAAUGGGAUAUUGGAGGCGUAUUCUGGGAUAUUGCAAGGGUUUAAAAAUUCUCCCAAGUCUCAUCUCCUAGCUCCUUAUGCACCUCAUAUCCUCCUGUUUCUUGAUAGUAUGUAUAUAGAAAAAGACAUGGAUGAAGUGGUGAUGAAAACUGCUAUUGGAGUCCUUGGAGAUCUGGCUGAUACUCUGGGAAAUACAGCAAGUUCUUUGAUUCAGAAAUCUCUGGCAAGCGAGGAGUUUUUAAAUGAAUGUUUGUCUUCAGAGGAUCAUUUCAUCAAAGAAUCUGCUGAAUGGGCCAGAUUGGCUAUCAAUCGAGCAAUUUCUGUUUGAGGAUACUACUACCACAUGGUGCAUAUUUUUUUUCCAUUUGGAGUCCUGCAUGCAUGCAUCCAUCCAUCCAUCCAUCCAUCCAUCUUGUUGGGUCAUGAUUAAACUCGGUCAGUGGAGUGAGUGAACUCCAAGUUGUCACUAACAAUGCAUGUGCAUUACCUAUCGGAUUGAUAUCUCUCCAAGUUGCCACUAACUCUGCAUGCACUGGUCGGUGUUCUGUCCCUACACCAUGGGUUAACACAAAAGGGCGAUCGUUGCCUUUCAAAACCUUUGAUGGUUUUGUCUGUGCAAUAAUCAGACUGUCAUUCUUCUUAUUCUCCAGGUUUAUGGUUGUUGUUAGUAGGUAGGGUUGAUUUUGAAAUGGUGUCCAGAAUUUACAGAUCCUAGCUAGGUUGCAUGUCUUUGAUAAAAAAAAUAUACUUUGGCAUUGAUGGUAGUUGUGAUCUUCAUUCAAGGAAUAAUGGUGAUGGAAUCAUUCAUUCUAGUGAUCAUCCUCUCACCAUAGAGAGUUAGUUUUUCAAGGUCUGGACUGACUCGCUAUCUGGCAAAACAAAUCUGGUAGUGAUUUUCUUUUAAUUCCAAUCUGUGUCUGUCCCAUCUUUGCAUACAUUUUCCUUUUAUAAACGGGUCUUGCAUUCAUUCCAUUCAGUCUUUGAGGAGGGGAGUCCCAGUCUCAUGCUAUUUUCAUGGGCAUGCUGUUUCAUCCAUUAAAUGCUCGUUUUCUUCUUUUUUGGGGGAAAGGUUUUAUUAUGGUUUUUUUUUUUCAUUCAAUCACAAGUUAGUUGAACACACUGCAUUCAUUCAUUCAUUGGUCUUUGAGGAGUUUAUUUUUUCUUUUCUUUUUUUCCUCACCAACAUUGUAGAAAAGUACAGAAGAAUGAAGACAUAUUUCCUUUUCUUUUAUGGUUUGGCGCUUUGUCCACAUAUUGUAAUGGCAUAUUAUAUUCAGUAUCUUGAGUCUGCUUUAUCCGUU